AUAUAUAUAUAUAUAUAUAUAUCGACCUUGGAAGUUUUGUUGUUUCACAACUAACAAAUUAUAUUUAUCACACGAUGCCACGUACAGAGAAUCAGUCAACUUUUCGUGGUCUUUCGAACCAUAUCGUGGUAGACGUAGUGAUUGUAAUAAAGUGUGUGUUAACAUUAUAUUCUUCCAACGCUGCGCAUAUCUCUAAAGCAUUAAUUUGCUGCAGUGAAUUUAGAAAAAAAAAUAAUUUUUAUUAAUAUAAUUUUUCAAUUAACAAUCUAGUCCGAAAUACUGGAGUGUUUUACAGAUCUAAAAGAAGUAUUCCUUUUCUGAAAUGAUGAUAUUUCUAAAACUAUUAUUAAUUAGUGGAUUAAUUUUUAUCUCUAUGACGGCUUCCACUCGCAAUGAAUCUUUAUGCUAUAAAAACUGGAAUUUGUAAUACCAAUGCAUUAUGAUAUCAAGCUUACACCAUAUAUUGAAAAAAUAUUUUCUAUGGGGAAUACAAUAUCAGCAUAAACAUUCUUAACAAAGUGCGAUACAUAUAUUUACGUUCAGAACAAUUAUGUAUUAGAGAUAUAGUUCUAAUUACAAACUUUGAAAGAUAUCAUGAGAAUGAUAAAGAUAUCGUUUAUGAACCGACAUAUAAUAUUGAAGAAGACACAAUUUAUAUUUUCUUUAUGGAUGAGUUACCUCCAGGAAAUUACAUCUUAAAUAUAAAAUAUCGAGAUACUGCUGAUAAAUUCUUUAGAAUUUUCAACGUGAAAGAAAAAACUGCUUGGAUAGGUGCUCCGCAUUUCCAGAAAAUAGACGCCGGACCAUUAAUUUCAUGCUGGGAGAAACACAAUUUAUUGUUAAACGCAACCUUUAAGAUAUCUAUAGGAUGUACUCAUUGCACGGCUUUGUCAAAUAUGCCAUUGCGAAAUACGGAAAUAGAUAAGAACAAUUUGGUAUGGAAACACUUCGGUACCACACCUGCAAUGUCGCCUCAUCUUGUAAAAAUGGUUGUGUCUAAUUAUCUAUUUCUUCAUGAUAACAAAACUGAAAACAUUAAAAUGUGGUAUAGAUAUAAAUCUAAAUUUCAUAUGGAAUUUGCAAAAAAUGUGGUUAAAAAUUUCAUGUUGCAUAUUGAUAAAAAUAUACCGAAGUAUUCGAAAAUGAUUUCGCACGUCACUCAUGCUGCAAUUCCAAAUUUCUAUGACAAAAGCGACACAGUUUUCGGACUUGUUCUUUAUAGGGAAACAGAUAUCAUCUACGAUAAAAAUUUACAUCCUGUUGCUCACAAAAUUCAAGUAGCUCAAUUAGUAGGACAGAAAAUGAUGCAGCAAUUGUUAUUGUUUGAAACUCUGAACAAUCUGAGUCAGUCGACUUUGUGGUCCAAUAAAGGUGAUACUAGAUUACUUGCAACGUAUGCUGUCCAUAAGAUUUAUCCAGAAUUUCGAAUAGUCCAUUUGUUUGUUGUUCAACAUCAACAUAAUUCUUUUUAUUUGGAUGAUUAUCGUUUGUGGAAUUCUACUUUACAAGAUGACAGUUUAUUACAAAUUCGCCAAUCUAUAAGAGCACCUUGUAUAGUGCGCAUGGUGCAACAAAUCUUCUACGACCAAAUAUUUUGGAAAAGAUUUUGUUCAUAUAUAAAUAGCACAAUGGCAGAUAUAGGACUACAAACAUUUAAAUAUUGGGGUUUGGAAAAGUAUUGUCCUCUCAUAAAAAUAAUACGAAAUUAUAAGGAUACUAUGAACGAAGCAAAUGUAUUGAUGCAAAAUAUCAACACAUUAAAAAUUGAUUGCCUUCCCGUAACUUUUACUAUACAGACGUCUCCCAAUUUUACCGAGUUUACUCAUCAUAUGGUAUGCGUGUCGAAGGUUUUAAAAAUAUCAUUACCAUUUGAAGAAAAGGGUUGGAUGAUAUUCAAUAUACAACAAAUUGGAUAUUAUCGCGUGAACUAUGAUAGUGAGAAUUGGCGGAGAAUUUCAAAUUAUCUAAACACUAAUAAUCACACGAAAAUUCAUGUUCUUAAUCGUGCCCAAAUUAUCGAUGAUGCAUUUCAUUUAAUGAUAGCAGGCCAACUCGAUUCAGCUAUAUUCUGGGAUAUCGCAUUGUAUCUGCAACAAGAAGAAGAUUAUACUGCUUGGUAUCCUAUGUUUAAAGCUCUGGAAUACAUGUUCAAUACUUUUUUAGUGUGGGAAGAAAGAAUGGAGGAUUUUAAGGAAAAAAUGCGAGCAAUAAUGAUCAAUGUACUUAGAAAAAUAGGAUUCGAAGAAAUUGAUGAUAAUGACGAACUUAGAAAAUGUUUACGACAAGAAGCUGCAAGAUGGGCAUGUUUUCUUGAUGACAUUAAUUGUAAAAAAAAGGCCAACAAUAAAUUAAAACAACAUAUCAAAGACCCUGAAACACACAGACUUUUGCCAUGGUGGAAGGAAUGGACAUAUUGUAAUGGUUUGAUGAUAAAUAUCAACAAAACGACUUGGGAAUCAGUGUAUGAUGUAGGAUUGGAAAAAUCUGACACUAAAUUUUUAGAAUACUUGGCUUGCACUGAAGAUACUAAUAUAAUUAAGAACUAUUUAACAUAUAAAAAUAGUACACAUCAAGAAUAUCAUUAUCAUCUUAACAGUUUCUUACCCAUUAUUACGAAGCAUGCAAAGAAUCCAACUAUUCUGCUGUACAUAUUAGAUAAUUUUUUUAUCAUAAAACCAAAACAUGUUGGUAUAACUGCAGCAUUUAUUACUAUUAUUAAUAACGUAUAUUCCGUAAAUCUAACUCAGGAAUUAAACAAUUACGUUCAACAAUUGAAGCGCAAUACACAUUUUUUUGAUAAAAUAAAAGAAGAGCAACACCUGUGUAUUGAACAGACAAUGAUACAAAAUUUUUUGAGACGCAGUAUUUUUAUCUCUAAACAAUAAGCGACUAAAGGACAACGACAAUCAAGUUUUACUUAUUUGUUUAUUAAAAAUAAAAUCAAGUAAUAGAAAGUAAGACGAAUCCAAAAAUUCACUAUCUUCUGUUGUAUUUAAAUCAUUAUAUUGAUGUUUUAUGUAAAUAAUUUCCGAGAUCAUUUAUAUUCCAUAACUUUAAAAUUGUACACCAUAUAUUAUGCGGCGUUUUUUGCCGAUAAUUUUAAUAAACCUAAAAAUACUGCAAAAUGUGUC